UUUGAGCAGCGUGAGGGCAAGAGGGCUCGUCAUUCAGGUGAUUAUGGUGGGGCUCUGCCUAGGAGUCGAGGUUACUUAGGGAGAGGUUAUCACUCUCAGUCUAGCAGACCCAUUCAUGCUGCUAUACCAGCGUCUGAGGCUGGUUACGCCGGGCAUAGUUCUUCGAGUUGGGUGCAUACUUCACAGGGUUUAUCUUCUAGACCUGUAGGCCGUGGAGGACAUUCUGGUCAUUCAGGUUCCUCUCAUCAGCCUACGUCUCGUAAGGGUUGUUUUGAGUGUGGUGAUAUGGGACACUUUGUGAGAGAUUGCCCUAGGACCAGACGUGGUGGCUUGCAUCAGGGUUCUCAGGCUUUGACUUCCAGGGCUGCACAACCUCCAACCAGGGGAGGUGUACAGAGUGGCAGAGGUGGUUCUCAUUCAGGUAGAGGUGGUUCUUCUUCUGGUCGAGGUGGUGGUCGUGGAAGUUCACAAUAUGAGGGUGGUC